UCGGCGUAGACUUCAGCUCCAAGAUCCAUACUUCAGUCAAGCCCGUCUCUCUCUGUCUCUCACACAGCCCGAUCGCUUGCUUCCGCCAUGGUUUUCCCAUCUUUUUAGUGCAGAAGAUCAAAUUUUCCUCUGUAGAACAGAGACAGGGGAUCGAUCCCGACAGACACCGAGGUUAGUAAUCCUUGUCUCAAUCUUGCUGGGUUUUCAUGGUUCGAGCAACAUUUGCGAGCUUAUAGCUGAGAAUCUUUUGAAGAACGAUCUGGGUUUUCAUUUUUGUGCUUGAUGAAGACUGGAAUUAGUAUUUAAAGCCAUGAAAAAUCUUGUGUCUCUGUUUUUCUUUGUUCUUGCGCUGCAACUGUUUGAAGAAAUGCGCUUUUCGUUUGGUCAAUCAGAUGCCCUAGGAUUUGCGGUUGUUGAAUCUGAAACUAAAGAUGAAAUUCCUAAUGAAACUUAUAAUUAUGAAAGGCAUGAUGAGGUGGAGAAACAAUGCAAAUUUGUUCUGUCAGCUGCAGCUGAAAUCAGCUCGGAUACUACUAGGUUUACUAGAAUGAAGGAACAGCUUCAGUUUAUAAAUGGAGAUUGGUGGCAAGAUGAGGGAAAGUAUCCUAUAAUGCCUUAUGAAAAUCUAACUCUUUCAGAAAUGAACUUUAUAAAUGUUGAGAGCCCUUUGAAAUUGAUAUCCUUUUGGGUUACUGAUAUUGAUCCUGCCCAUCAAACUAAGAAGUCUGUUAGUGUUAGUGGGUUAGUGUCAAUGGGCAUAGCUUUGGAUCGUGCUUUUGACCAAAGGUCAUAUGGACAUCCUCAUUUUCAGUUUUGGCCUGGCUAUUCUGAGCUCACACUGCCUUUUCAAGGAAUCUAUACUGAAUCCAAGAAGAAUGGUGGGGAAAGAGUGCUGUGUUUGUUGGGUAGUGGGAUGCUACCUUCUCGUGAUCAAGAGUCCGAUAAUCCGUGGAGUUGGGUCAAGGAUUCAAAUGGGAAUCCUCACCAGAUGCCACUUCUUCAAGACGAUCAAAUUCUACUUGUUUUGCGAUAUCCGAUGAGGUAUACGUUGACAAGUAGAGUAAUCCUAGGUGAAAUGAGAAGUUUGAACCCCAAGUCGAACUCUAAGUACUUCGACGACGUUCACAUUUUGUCUCAACUCGGUGAUGUGAACUAUGAUUUCGCAGCUGAGAAAGUUGUCAAAAAAGCGUGUUCUCCGUACCCUUAUAAUGAUGACUUUUUGAAGAAGAACAUUAGUACGUAUCGAGGUUCUUUUUGCAGGGUUUUGCAAGAAAUGACAAGGGGUCAAGCUUUCACAAUCCUCCCAAACUGGAGAUGCAACUCUACAGAUGAAUUUUGUAGGAAACUUGGUCCGUUUCUAUCAGAUAAAGAGAUCAAUGGUACCGACGGAGGUUUCAAAGAUGUGAGCCUUUAUAUGCAGGACGUGAAAUGCAAGCUGUGGGGCUCUAGCCAUAAUGACAUAUCUGCUAGCGUUUCUGCUGUCUUUCGAGCUGUUUCGCCAUCGGAGAAUAUCUACACUGCUUGGAGAAGAACUGCACUUAAUAACAUGACAAUGGUGUCUGAGGGAAUGUGGAAGUCUUCCAGUGGGCAGCUUUGCAUGGUUGGUUGUGUUGGGCUUGUUAAUAUCGAUAAGAGCUCCUGUGACUCUAGGAUCUGCCUGUAUCUUCCGACCUCGUUUACUUUAAAACAACGAAGCAUUCUUGUCGGUUCAAUUUCGAGCACGAAUGAUAACCCAACGUACUACCCUUUGUCAUUUGAAAAGUUAUUAAGGCCUACAGAGUUGUGGAGUUAUUUUAGGGAGUCCCAUCCAUUUUACAGUUACACAAAGAUUGCUUCAGCUGGUGUCGUGCUCGAGAAAAACGAGCCUUUCAGUUUUCGGGCUGUCGUAAAGAAGUCAUUGCUGCAUUAUCCCAAACUGGAAGACACCGAAACGUUAGAACUCAGUGAGUCUCUUCUCUUAGAAGAUCUCACCCUUCAUGUCCUUGCAGUUCCCAUUCCAGCUCUUGGUUCUCAAGCUUCGAAAACGGAUGUUCAGAUGGAUAUUAUCUCUGUUGGUUCCUUUUUCGGACGGGAUUGGUCGAGGUUAAAUGGAUCCAUCUCGGACAUGGAAACUCCUUAUCAUGUUAAGCCUGAAUACACUGAAAAGCAGCUGCUUGUGAAUGUAUCUGCACUACUCUCACUCUCAGGACAGACAUAUAGCAACUUUUCUGAGCUUUUCGUGGAGGGUAUUUACGAUCCACAUGUUGGACACAUGUAUCUAGUUGGUUGCAGAGACGUUCGUGCAUCGUGGAACGUAUUGCUCGAGAGCAUGGAUCUUGAAGAUGGCUUGGAUUGUCUAAUUGAAGUAGUUGUGUCUUAUCCUCCCACUACAGCUCAGUGGUUAAUCAAUCCAACUGCACAGGUCUCCAUUUCCAGCCAACGGACAGAAGACGACCCUUUCUAUUUCAGCUCAAUAAAACUCGAGACAAUGCCGAUCAUGUAUAGAAGGCAACGACAAGAUAUCCUUUCUCGUAAGAGUGUCGAGGGUAUACUCCGAAUAUUGACACUUUCACUAGCGAUUGCUUGCAUAACGAGUCAGAUAUUUUAUAUAAAUCAUAAUCUCGAGUCUGUUCCAUUCAUAUCUCUUGUUACACUGGGAGUUCAAGCCCUUGGUUAUACUCUUCCACUGGUCACUGGUGCUGAAGCUCUCUUCAAACGACGCAGUUCCGAAUCAUAUGAGGAGUCGUAUAAUCUCGAAAAUAAUCUUUGGUUUGUCGUGAUGGAUUACGUCGUCAAGCUUCAAGUUGUAGCCUCACUUCUAUUGACGUUGAGACUUUGCCAGAAGGUUUGGAAAUCUCGAAUCAAGUUACUACGACAAGCUCCUCUCGAACCACACCGCGUCCCCAGUGAUAAAUGGGUGCUUAUUACUACCUUUGUUAUACAUCUUGUCGGGUAUGUAGCCGUUGUCGUGGUUCAUGCUUCAAGGACAACAAAAACCCGGGUCGAGAGUUUCUUGAUAUCUAACAGAGCUUCAAGUUCCCACAUGAUGCAGGGAUGGGAAAGGGACUUACAAGAGUAUGUGGGUCUUGUUCAAGAUUUUUGCUUACUCCCUCAAAUCAUUGGCAAUUUCUUAUGGCAAAUUGAUUGCAAACCUCUUAGGAAGUGUUAUUUCAUUGGAAUCACUCUGGUUAGGCUUCUUCCACACAUUUAUGACUUAAUUAGAGCUCCUUCUGUAAAUCCUUACUUUGUUCAAGAGUAUGAGUUUGUGAACCCAAGCAUGGACUUCUACUCUAGAUUUGGAGAUGUUGCCAUUCCUUUGAUCGCAUUGAUCCUUGCGGUCCUCGUCUACGUUCAGCAACGAUGGAGCUAUGAGAAACUAAGCAACGGUCUCGUGGUCGGACGGAUUAGGCUUCUUCCAAGCGCUUCUAGAAUGUAUCAGAGGUUGCCUUCCAAGUCAUAUGAAGCUGAGCUUGCUUCUGCUGAAAAUGGUAACGCCGAACGGGAAGACGUAGAAUGAUACCGAACGAUUUACAGAACAUGGUGACAUCGAGGUUGUUAUAACAGGAAAUGUUGGUUUUUUUUUUUCUUUUACAUAGUAGGUGUUGUUUUACUACAUGGUCUCUGCUUGGUUACUGUUUAUGGAUGUUUCUGCGUCAAAUAGAAUACUCAGAAGCCUCAUUUGAGGAUACCCUGAAAUAAAGUUUUGAGAAGAUCUUAUGAGGAUUA